UCGCUCAAGUACAAGUCUUUUUCCUCUUUCCCUUCUUUUUUUUUUCUCUUUCUCCAAAUAUUGAAACCAUCAAAAGCUCAGAGGGAAAAGGAAGGACGGACGGAAACAAAAAUAGAAAAUAAUUCAAGCUAUUAUUAUUUUAUUAUUAAAAGUAGUGAAGGAGCGAGCGAACGAGCGAGCGAGCAAGCAAAGAGCUGAGUCUGAGUGUCCGUCCAAAGCAGAUGCAACGGGCAGCCGGCGGAAGCAGCGGCGGUGAAGUGAGUCAAGGAGGAGGCGGACUCGGGCGGUACAGCUCGGCCCCAGCCACAUGGUUAGAAGCGCUGCUGGAAGAGGACGAGGUGGACCCACUGAAGCCGACGCAGUGCUUGACUGAGCUUCUUGCCGACAACACACCUUGUACGACGGUGGAUCCAGCUUCGUAUGAUGCUGCAGCUGGGUACCUUAGUCGACAGAAAAGCUCACCGGCUGAUUUUAAUGGCGGCGGCGGGGGGUCGGGGGGAUAUUUCGCCGGGUUUGGAAUUCCGGCCGACCUCGACUUUGUGUCGUCGUCGUCGUUGUCCCCAAACAGCCCUUCUUCCUCUGCUAAUAAGAGGGUUCGGGAGCACCGGCAACACCACUAUUCCUCCGACACACAUGUGAAAGUGGAGGAAGGAGGAUUGGAGGAUUCGGUGGGUUGCAGGGUGAGGGCCAAGCGUGGUUGUGCCACGCAUCCCAGGAGCAUUGCUGAAAGGGUCAGGAGGACUAAGAUCAGUGAUCGCAUAAGGAAGCUUCAAGAGCUUGUGCCCAGCAUGGAUAAGCAAACUAAUACUGCCGAUAUGUUAGACGAGGCAGUGGAGUAUGUUAAGUUCCUUCAGAAGCAGAUUCAGGGAAGUUACGUAAUAAAAAAUUCGAAACAUGGCAGGAACUUUCGGAGCAUCAGCGCAGGUGCAAAUGCAUAGCUAAAGAAUGACCAGAAGGUACCCGAAAUGCCUCCUACUGUUUAGUGUAAUUAUUAGAUAUAUUAAUUGCAGCCAAGAUUCAUCAUGGCGGUGGUUUGUUGAUAAUCGUUUCUAAGAGACUUACCGUUGUAAUUUUGAGAUAUACCAUACCUAGAUUCCAUGACUAUGCAAUUAGCUGCUUCUACUUGGAAAAGUUCAAUCGGUUCCAAGGAAACAGAUUAUUGUUCUAGAAUUGUAGUCAUACAAUAGUAUGACAAGAUUUUUUAUUUUAUUUUAUUCUUAACAUGCUUCAUUUAUGCAUCUGUUA